UUCAUUUAUUGCUUGUUUUUUCUUGGAAUAGAAGGAGAAAGGAAGGGACAGGAAAGCGGAGGAUGUCUCGUCAGGCGUCAAGGAUCGUCCGAACCCUCGCCUCCAAAUUAUAUUCACAGUCCAAUCGCUCCGGCGCCGCCUCCUCCGCCGCUCUCUGUUCGUCCCCUCGCCAUUUCUCUGCUACCCCGCCUCCUCCUGCCGUCUUCGUCGACAAGAACACCCGCGUCAUAUGCCAAGGGAUCACCGGCAAAAAUGGCACCUUCCACACCGAGCAGGCCAUCGAGUAUGGAACCAAGAUGGUUGGCGGGGUAACACCCAAGAAAGGAGGAACAGAACACUUGGGCCUUCCUGUUUUCAACACAGUAGCGGAAGCCAAGGCUGAGACUAAAGCUAAUGCAUCAGCUAUCUAUGUUCCCCCACCUUUUGCUGCUGCUGCAAUUUUAGAGGCACUGGAGGCCGAAUUGGAUCUUGUUGUCUGCAUUACCGAAGGAAUCCCUCAGCAUGACAUGGUACGAGUCAAAAGUGCAUUAAACAAGCAAUCAAAAACUCGGUUGAUUGGACCAAAUUGUCCUGGCAUUAUCAAACCUGGAGAAUGUAAAAUUGGAAUAAUGCCUGGAUAUAUUCACAAGCCAGGGAGAAUAGGGAUUGUAUCUCGAUCUGGUACCUUGACCUAUGAAGCGGUCUUCCAAACUACCGCUGUUGGUCUUGGACAGUCCACAUGUGUAGGUAUUGGCGGUGACCCCUUCAACGGGACAAACUUUGUUGAUUGCAUCACAAAAUUCCUGGAAGACCCUCAGACUGAAGGUAUUAUUCUGAUAGGAGAGAUUGGAGGAACUGCAGAGGAGGAUGCUGCUGCUUUGAUUCGUGAAAGUGGAACUGAGAAGCCAAUUGUUGCUUUCAUAGCUGGACUUACUGCACCACCAGGUCGUCGAAUGGGUCAUGCUGGAGCAAUUGUGUCAGGUGGGAAGGGAACGGCACAGGAUAAAAUCAAAACGCUUAGAGAAGCUGGUGUAACAGUGGUGGAGUCCCCAGCCAAGAUUGGUGUAGCUAUGCUCGAGGUUUUCAAGCAGCGUGGGCUCGUCAAAUAAAAUGUGAAUCGAUCAUUCUGCUGACUAUACAUGGGCAGUUGAAGCGGAACUUGCUCUUUAAGAGUUUUGGAAACUGAGGAUUUUUACUUGCGCGUCUAUACUUUAGCUUUCCAUAGAGCUUUUUAAUAAAGAAAAGAGAACACUUGAACUAGGUUGCACCCUAACGCAAUAUCUUCCUUUCAGGUAGUGCUUUGGUCUAGUGGGGAUCAAGGAUGACAAAUUAUUUUAUGAAUUGCUUCAAAUCAAAAUUGAAGUUUUGUUGCAUCCGCAUUCACUGACUUGUAUAAAUCCUGUUACAUCAUAAACAGGGCAUGUCACUUUGCUAAUUUAAUUUUAGCAUGGUUUGUAAAAAUUAUCAUUUUAUCUUUA